AUUUGUGUUGUUUUUGUCGCACCAUUGAUGGCUCCUCGUCGGACCGGAGAUAAAGGUUAGAGAUGGAUCCUGAGAGGCAAGAAGCAAACAGGACGCUCAGAAGAUACAAUGGUGACAAACCUCCCACAAAAAAUGUGGACCUUGAAGUGUUGAGCUAUCCGGAAGGCAUUAUCAUGAGAGGAGUGAUUGAUCAGGACCUGAAACAGUGACCUAUCUCUCAAGCGAUAUCUGCAGGAGUGGAGAGAGCCAACUUUGCAAGACGGACGUAUUUUUUUUUAAAGCCACUGAAAGAAGUAAUAGGGCAUAUAACCAAUGACUGAUUAAAGGGUAAUCAGGGAAUGGGCGUUGUUUUCUGUCCUGUGGACAGGGACGCAAACUCCAGGCAUCAGCACAAUCAUAUCUUGGGGGAGAUAAAGGAGGUCACAUAUAAAAGAAAUAUCUAGUUUUAAGGGAAUGACGGAUCCUGUCGUAUCCUCUGAGCACACCUGUGAGGCAGAAACCUACGAAGACAAGCAUGCCGUGCGGUGUGGUCAAGUCCUUUCUGGUGAGCCUUUCUCGCAGGAAGCCCAUCGAGCCCGACGGGGAAGAGUCCACCUUUAACCGAUGCCUGACCACGCUGGACCUGAUCGCUCUGGGCGUGGGGAGCACCCUGGGGGCCGGGGUCUACGUGCUCUCCGGAGAGGUGGCCAGAGACACGGCCGGACCCAGCAUCAUCAUUUCUUUCUUCAUCGCAGCCUUGGCGUCUAUAUUCGCCGGACUGUGCUACGCGGAGUUUGGAUCCAGGGUUCCCAAAACGGGCUCGGCUUACCUCUACAGCUACGUGACGGUCGGAGAGCUGCUGGCUUUCAUCACCGGCUGGAAUCUGCUGCUCUCCUAUGUCAUAGGAACAUCCAGCGUUGCUCUGGCGUGGAGUGGGACGUUCGAUGACCUGAUCGGGGGUGUCAUAUCCAAGUACUUUGAGGAAAAUGCAGCCAUGGGACUUCCUGGCUUGGCGGUUUAUCCAGAUGUCUUCGCAGCCGGUCUCAUCUUGCUGCUUUCAGGCGUGCUGGCAUUUGGCGUGAAAGAGUCAACGACCAUCAACAAGAUCUUCACGGCGAUCAACAUCUUGGUGCUGCUGUUUGUGAUCAUCUCUGGAUUUAUCAAAGGGGACAUCUCCAACUGGGAGAUCAGCGAAGAGGCUCUGAUAAACGCCACAGCGCAAUUCAAGAACCUGAGCGACACCACCAAUGUGACGAGCAUUUACGGCGUGGGGGGAUUUUUUCCUUAUGGCUUCAGCGGCACCUUGGCAGGAGCUGCAACGUGUUUCUAUGCUUUUGUUGGGUUUGACUGCAUCGCUACAACAGGCGAGGAGGUGAAGAACCCUCAGAAAUCAGUCCCUGUGGGCAUUGUGGCGUCGCUCCUGAUUUGCUUCCUGGCCUACUUUGCGGUGUCUGCUGCCCUCACCCUGAUGAUGCCCUACUACCUGCUCAACGAGAAGAGCCCCCUGCCCGUGGCCUUUGAAUACGUCGGCUGGGGACCCGCCAAAUACGCCGUGGCCGUGGGAUCGCUGUGUGCUCUGUCUACCAGCCUGCUGGGCUCCAUGUUCCCAAUGCCCCGGGUCCUCUUCGCCAUGGCAAGAGACGGGCUGCUUUUCCAGCCUUUGACCAAAGUCACCGCCAAGGGCAGUCCUGCUGUAGCGACCAUAUCAUCUGGAGUCGUGGCAGCCAUCAUGGCGCUCCUGUUCGACCUGGAAGCCCUGGUGGAAAUGAUGUCCAUUGGAACUCUGUUUGCGUACACGCUAGUAGCAAUAUGCAUCCUGAUACUGAGGUACCAGGCGGGUCCAUCUGAAGACACGGACCUACAGAUCAAAGAAUCAAGCACCAAGUUUGGAUUCCUGAAGGCUCCCUCCUCUCCCAACUCUGUCACAGCGAAAAGAGUCACAAUCCUGACUAUAAGUUCUGUCGUCUGCGUGGUGGCACUGUGCAUCACCCUGACUCAAGGCAUAGACGCUCUGGCUAAUGCAGAGGCAUGGAGCUUGGUGCUCGUCUGCAUCUUUUCCUUCAUCCUGCUCCUCCUUCUAGCCUUCAUCUGGAUUCACCCACAGAAUCCCACAAGGGCAACAUUUAUGGUGCCUUUUCUCCCUGCUCUACCUUUACUAAGCACGCUCAUCAAUGCCUACUUGAUGGUGCAGCUAGGUUCGGCCACGUGGCUGAGAUACGCCAUCUGGAUGCUAGUUGGCUUAGUUAUCUAUUUUGGCUACGGAGUCCGUAACAGCAUUCAGGGCAAGCGGCUCAGGGCCCACCAGACCAACAUCGAGACGGUCAGCGGCAAAACGGACAUGGAAAUAAUUAAAGAGGAGAGGUUGUGAGCGCCAGAGGGAGUGACGAGAGAUACACUGAGAUGUUACACAGCGCAGCCGCUUUUAAAUGUGUACUUCCUGUUCCUCACGCGUCAAACGCCAUUUACUUGGGUUUGGUUUAAAGGCCGAACGUGCCAGCGAACAGGUUUACAGAACGAGAAAUACCCAAAGAGGGAAACGAGUUGUUUCUGCGCUGCAACUUUAUUACAGUUAAAUGUUGGUACUACUGUGUAACGCACCACUGCACACUCAGCAUGUUUAGAAUCAGAGACGUACACUGGACUUCCUCAAAGGCCUUGGAGUUAAACUCAAAUAUUAUUAUUAUUUCUUUUUUUUUUUUUUUGAUACCUUUAUUUCGAACAUGCAGGAGAAAGUAUAUACGAAUAAAACUAAAAAAGAAAAAAAAACAAUAAAACAAUGUUUAAAAACAUUCGGAAAAAAACAACAAACAUGGUACCCUUCUUUCCUGAGUUAAUAUACCUCUAUUUCAUUUAAAAUAAAUUGAAUUAUUUAACAUGUUUGUGCUUUUAUGGUGCCUCCCGCAAAAUUGUUCUGAAAUGAAAAAGAAAAACCCUGACAACAAUAAAUGUAAUAGAAUAGUAAACAACAGAAAUUGAUCAAUAUUCUGUGGAUAUUUGACAUUUUGAUACGCUGAAAAUAAUGAAUAACGGGUUUACCCUUUUAAUAAUAAUUGUAAAACGUGUUUUGUAAUUGUAAUGAUGUUUAUAAGUGACAUGCUUUCGUUUCAUUCGGGGUUUCUUUUUUGUUUCGCUUUGUUAACUUAUAGUAUUUGGCAGAAGCAGAUGUACUAUUUACAACAUGACAUUUUGUGCAGCAUCCUAUUUGUUUGGUCCUUCUUUUGGUAUUAUGUUUAAACAUAAAAAUGCCGUUGCCUUUACGUGUAAAUAUGGACAUUUUACAUGUUUGCUAUAAUUCUGUAAGUGUACUCUUCCUAAUUUAAAAAGGAAAAAAAAAAAUCAAAGUCUUAUUUGUAAUCUGGAGUUACUUUUGUCGCAGGUUGACUGAAGGUAAAAUGAAUAAACAAGUGAAUAAAUAUUG